UCUGCCAAAGACAGAAGGUGGUGGAGAAUCGUGGAGGUCUGAAAUGAAGAGCACAAAAGGAAACGUUAACGUUUUCAACAUUUUUAUACAAAUCCAUGAUGUGAAAUGCCAGGUCCCAGCAAGCAACCCUACCACUCUGAGAUGCCUGAACAUCCCUAUUCUGAGUGACAGCGUUUGCUCCAGUUCCUACCCUGGACAGAUCACCUCCAAUAUGUUCUGUGCUGGCUUUGUAGAGGGAGGCAAGGAUUCCUGCCAGUCACUGUCCCUGUUGAAGACAAGGAGAAGAUCAUUGGAGGUUAUGAGUGCCCAGCACACUCCGUGCCCUACCAGGCGUCUCGGUUUGUUGGGCAUUACGUUUGAGCAGGAUCUCUGAUCAUCAGCUUGUGGGUCCUGUCUGCUGCCCAUUGCUACCAGUCAUAAGUAAAGUUCAUUGCGAUUAAUAUUUAUUUAAUUUUGACACCAUUUGUUAAAUCCACUGAGGCUUCAUCAUCAAGCACCCCAAUUACAGCAUCAACACCCUCAACAACAUCAUGUUGAUCAAGCUGAGAUCAGCUGCUACCCUGAACAGCUACGUGAGCCCAGUGUCUUUGCCCAGCAGCUUCCCCUCUGCUGGGAUCAUGUGCAUGGUCUCCGGAUGGGGAAACACUCAGCACUGGCAGUGAGUACGCUUACUUUUAACUACCUUAAAUACUGCAAUGCAAAACCCAUUCAUGAUCACACUUCCAAUUUUAAUCUUGAUUACUAUGUGCAAUGACAAUAUCUUGAAAGACAUAAUGGAGGUAAAUUGCUCACUGCUUCAGUCUCACUGCAGGUCAACACAUGUUUACUUAGUAAUCUAAAGAUGAACAAAUAUUUUAACAGACUAUUUUAAAUUGCAGUGAAUUCAGAGGCCAGCCCAUCGUGUAACCCAUGUUCUAUCAACCAAUAAUGAGGCCUGUCAAAUAUCUAUGGAGCCCUGCUGGUGACAUCCUGUGUGAAUAAAAAUAAUGUGUGGCCACGACUUAGUAAUGCAUGGAAACAAGAUACUUAAGUCACAGCCAUGACUUGGUAAGGUGUAGGAUCGAGAUCCUAAUGUGUGGCAUGAUCUUAAGGUCUUAAGACCAAGUCGUUGCUACGCUUUAGGAUCAGUUAUAGGUCAUUUUUAUUUAUAUGGGUCAUCAUAUAUGGGUCAUCUAUAGCUAUCAUAUAAUCCCUUGAUCUCAAUUAUUUUUCACAGUUUCAUAUUUCACAAUCAUGUUUAUGCAGCAAAUUAAAUACAAAUUGGGUGGUUUUCAUAAUUUGGAUUGAAGCUAAAAUGUGUAAAUACCAGAAAACAGAAAACCCAAUUUUUAAGAUGCAUUAUGGAUCUCAUGAAAAACAACAAAUGUUCUGAAAAAACAAAACUUCUGAGUGGUCCUAUUACACCUUUCGAGGGCAGUGGUGAAGAACAUUUGCUCAUCUGAGCUUGAGGAUCCAAUUUUUGCCAGUCGGGAACCACUAAUUAUCGACAACAAGGUAAAUUUUGCAAUUUUAGGCUUGUGCUUUUAGGCUUGGCCUGAUUGUGACAGGCCAUCCAGUCAGCCAGACCAAAUCUAAAAUGUUUAGUAAAUGCUUCCAAGUGGCAAAAAAAGAAUUUAAAUGAAACUGCAUGAUGGAGUAUUUCAAAUCAAACCACUCUGAAAUGACAGAAUUGAAUGAAUUGUCUUUAAAGAAAUUGUGGAUUUUCUCUGUGCUGUAUU